AUGGCUGCUUCCACGAGUGGCUGUGGUACCGUUAAACAAACUAAUGAUUCAAAUAAUAAAGAUACAGAGUCAAAUUCAGCUGAGUUCUGUCCUGGGUAUAAAGAUGUCGAUGCUUUUGUUAAGUAUGGACUCGGCACGGUUGUUGCUGCGACUAAAGCGUCUGCAGGGUUGCCACAAACCGGAGAUGAGUACGAUUUUUACAGAAGCUUCUCAGGUUUCCGGGAUUUCUGUGCAAACCAAGGAGACCGACUUUUACAACUUACGAGUCAGCUGAUGCAGCAUCAUGGCUGCAGAUCUCACCUGCAAGGCAACAGCAAGCUUACCGGCAUGGAAGAGCGCUUUGAUUUGGUAGUCGAGUCCAACGAUGUCAUCCUGGAGAAAGUGGGUAUUUUACUGGACCAGGCUUCUGGAGUGACUCGAUCACAGCCUGUGAUGCCUGCUGGCUACCAAGCUCCCAAAAUCGUCGUGUCUAGUUGGAAUCGUAAGGGAGGUGAUCGCAGCGCUGAGACUUUCCACCUCCUCCAUGCUAAGAAUGUUCAGCGACCACAGCUCAAGUUCAAGGAGAAAGUGGAUAACAGCAACACACCCUUUAUUUCCAAAAUUUUCAUCAAGCCUAAUGCUUCGAAGCCGCUACCCGCAUAUUUUACCAACAAAAAGAGGCUAAACAAAAGGCCUGAGGAUUUGGACGUACCUCCAGCGCUGGCUGACUUCAUCCACAAUCUGAGAACUCAAGAAAACAUGGAUGAUAUGUUCUCUCAUCCAUAUCAGUAUGAGCUGGAUCACCUGACCAUGCCAGAGAUUCUAAAUAAUAAACCUGAACCCCAGAUGUACAAACCUCUGGCGGAGACGAGUUGCCAGUUCAUUGACACGUUAGAGGACCUGGUUGCAUUAAAUGAGAAGCUGAACAAAACCACAGAGUUUGCCGUGGACCUUGAGCAUCAUUCAUACAGGAGUUUCCUGGGAAUCACGUGCUUGAUGCAGAUCUCCACUAGAGAAGAGGACUUCAUCAUCGACACCCUGGAUUUGCGCAGCGAGAUGUACAUUCUGAACGAGAGUUUCACCAACCCCUCAAUUGUGAAGGUGUUCCAUGGUGCUGAUUCGGAUAUCGAGUGGCUGCAGAAAGAUUUCGGUCUCUACGUGGUUAACAUGUUUGACACUCAUCAAGCUUCUCGCUCCUUGAACCUCGGCAGGAAUUCCCUGGAUCAUCUCCUCAAAGUGUUCUGUGAUGUGGAUUCAAAUAAACGCUACCAGCUCGCUGACUGGAGAAUACGACCACUACCAGAGGAGAUGAUUAAAUACGCCCAGGCUGAUACACAUUACCUGCUGUACGUGUACGAUCGACUAAGAGCAGAUCUGUUCGAUGCAGCUAAUGCACAGCCUGCAUUGAUACAGCUUGUCUGGUCCAAAAGCAAAGACCUCUGCCUUAAGAAAUAUUUAAAGCCCAUUUUCACAGAAGAGUCCUAUAUGGAGCUUUACAAAAAGCAGAAGAAGAGCUUCAAUAGCCAGCAGCUGACCGCCUUCCGUCUUCUAUAUGCUUGGAGAGAUAAACUGGCACGAGUAGAAGAUGAGAGCACUGGGUACAUCCUACCCAACCACAUGUUGAUGAAAAUAUCUGAGGAGUUACCCAAGGAGCCGCAGGGUAUUGUCGCAUGCUGUAACCCCACUCCACCACUAGUACGCCAGCAGAUCAACGAGCUCCACCAGCUCAUCAAGCAAGCCAGAGAAAUUCCACUGCUGAAGGCUGAGCUACUUGUUGAAAAGAAGAAAUCGCAAACUCCUAAACGAAAGUCUGAGUCAACGUUGUUUGGGCCGCACGACACCUCUCACGUGUCCGAGAGUGACCUUAUGGAGCUGUCCUCCCACGAAACCCCAGUCAAAAAUGGAGACCUUUUCUCAGAAGAAGAAGACACAAAACUCAGCGGAGUAGACAAGACUUUGACCGGCGUUGUAGCUUCAGCGAAAAUCACCCUGUUUUCAGAAGAGGAGGAAGUCAGCGUCUCAGGUCACCUCACGGUAGCCCAGCAGAAGGCGCACAGCAUCAUGGAGUCCUUUGAGAACCCUUUCAGAAUGUAUUUACCAUCGAAGGAUAUCCACAUCAACAAAAAUGCUAAAUUCGAUCCCUCGUCAAAGAUUUAUGAGAUCAGUAACAGAUGGAAGUUACAGAGCAUCGAACAACAGCAGAAAGAAGCUCAGGCUAAACAACAAGCCAAAGAGCAAGCCAAGAAAGCUAAAGAGGAGCGGAAGAAGGCCAAGCAGAACUAUCAGGAGUCACUGCAGAAUGUCACUACUGUUAGGCAGCAAGUCCAGGAAGCCAAGCAGGGAGGACAGAAGAGAGAGAGGGUUGUUAGUAAAGCAGGAGAAGAAACUCGCAAACCCAACAAGAAAGUUCAGAAAACCGACAAGACGACCACUGCAGUUCAGUCUCCAGCUUCUUCUAAAGUGAACCAGAGUAAUGAACCUGAAGAUCCUAAGGACGCACCAGCUACAGCCUUCACCCCGUUCGACUACAGCCAGUCGAAUUUUAAAAUGUUUGCAGGAGGGAAAUGCAAAGACUCCAACCAGUUUGAUCCAAACCGCCGGAGCUUUGGACACAAACACAAGAAAACCCCAAAAGGAAAAAAGCAGAAUACUGCCGGAGGCAGGAGCAUGUCGUACCUGCCUGCGAAAUCUGAAAGAGGAUUCCGCCACAACUGGCCCAAAAGAUAAAACCCUACGCUGGAUAUUUUCCCUCUUUUGUUUAAAAGUAUACUGCAUUUUUUUUAUGUGGGGCAUUUUAUCAACAUAUUUAUGUAAAGCAAAUUUGGGAACAUGCUACAUAAUAAUGUAUGCAAAUUUUGAUAAACCCUUCAUUAAAAUACAUUUAAUUUUAA